AUGCCAAAAUCGGGAAAUGACCACUCCGUUAUCAUAUCUCGUUUUACAGGCAACGAAACAACAUCACAACUCGGGUUACUUCGGCGAAACAGGGUGUCGCUUUCUCUCUCCCUGAACAAGUUUUCCGUCAACGAUAGUUAUUUAAAUCUCCAUAUAUCCGUGUCUCCCUUCAUUAUCACAAUGCUCCGCUAUGCUUUAUUACUCUACUUGUUCGCCAGCGUAUUCGCUGAGUCAGUUCAUUGGCAAUGGCGAGAACUGAUCUGUAAAACUAAAGACGAAAAGAACAAUAAGGAAGCUUCGGAUUGUGAAGUACUACUCAAGGAGAGCGAAAAUGAUCAGAAUGGCAGAAAAGUGCCUUUGAACACUUGUUUCGAUGAAGACUCCAAUGGGCAACCUCGUCACUAUUGCAACAUUCUCUGCCCCGGAGCCGCUACUGCAUACCGUAUCACAAGAUAUCCCCAGAACCACAGAGAUUGCUUCACACAUCUGACUUAUCGUCUUGAAAAACGCGGAGAGAACUUCUUGAUGUGGAGGGAGGGGAAGUGCCGUACAACAGACAUUCAAUUCACAAUUCGUUGUGAAUUUACGUCUGCUCGUGCCGACUUCAUGAGCGACGGGGAACUUUUUGCCAAUGCGAGAAAUGUUCUUUCAUGA